AUUAUGUUAUGUAUUGUGAGGUUUACCAACAGUAAAACAUGCAAGGCAGGGCUCUGGAAAUCCCUGGAAGCAUUUGGGACGGGUAUAAAACCCUCUGCAUUUGACUUCUCUUGAACAAACCUUCAGAGCAGAUUGUGAGCUUUCAGAAGAAGACCUCUCGCAGACCAUUAUGCUUUGUCUUCACCUCCAGAGGAGACCCUCCCCGAGCUUCAUGAACUCCUUCUUACAGCCACUUUGGCCAGCCUCCAGAGAUGUCUUCUCAGACUUGGAACAGGAGAUGAUCCGGACUGUAGAGAAGAUAAAAUCGAGCUUUGAUCUCAUGGAGCAAUUCCACCAGAAGCUGUUGCAGGAGGUGACAGUUCAGCAGAACAAAACGUUGCCGGUGCUAAACGGCAGUGAUGCCAAAGCCACCGAUAAAGGCUUCACGCUGUGUCUGGGAGUUGAAGAUUUCUCGCCUGAAGAGCUCACCGUCAAACUGCUGGGAAGAAAGCUGCUGGUGACUGGGGCAAAGGAGUCAAAGUGUAAUGAUGGGAAAGGCUCCUUCUCGUACAAAUGUCAGAUAUUCAGGAAAGAGGCAGAUCUUCCCAUGAAUGUAAGAGAGGACAAGCUAAGCUGCACUAUGACUGCUGAGGGCAAGCUGCUUAUAGAAGCCCCAGAGGGACUGAGCCCAGCUGAGGAGGGACGGAACGUGCCCAUCCAGCUUACAGGAAGCCCAGCUAUAACACAGGCUACAGAAGGGAGUUCUGAAGGGAUAAAAGAACCAGAAACUCCAAAUCCUAAGUUAAUGGACAAAUAAACAGAGACUUGAUUUUAAAUAACAUUUGUUUUUCUGCCUAAUAAUUAAAUGACAUCUUUGUCCGAAAGAAGGAUGAUCUGGAAUUAAUAUUUGUGUUAAAAGGGUAAUUUAUAUAUAUACAGCUGCAGUCAAAUCUGUAUUGAAUAAAGGUUAUAUUUUUAAAUAUGAA